CCUCCAUCCGGGACCCAUCCCUUUAAGGGAAGUAAAUCCGGCCCGCGGGCGCGGCCAGGGCGGGGUGUGGCGUGUCCCUCCGCGGGCGCGGUUCGAAGCUUAGCGAGGCGGGAGUCGGCUGCAGACCGUGGCGGUCCCGAGGCGGCCAGUGGGACAGCCUGGAGAAGAGGACCUAGGCGUGCUGGCAUCCAGUUCUGAGCAGCUGUUGGAAGUCCACUAAGAGGACCGAGAAGAGGCCUCGGGGUGACCACAUCAUCCCACCGUGGUCUCUACUCCUUGUUCUGAGACACAAGUGCCACCAAAAUGUCAAACCCAUUCCUGAAGCAAGUGUUCAACAAGGACAAAACAUUCCGACCCAAGCGCAAGUUCGAGCCUGGAACGCAACGCUUCGAGCUCCACAAGCGAGCACAGGCUUCUCUGAACGCCGGGCUGGACCUGCGGGUGGCUGUGCAGCUGCCGCCAGGCGAGGACCUCAACGACUGGGUGGCUGUGCACGUGGUGGACUUCUUCAACCGAGUCAACCUCAUCUACGGCACCAUCAGUGACGGCUGCACCAAGCAGUCCUGCCCAGUCAUGUCCGGGGGCCCCAAGUACGAGUACCGUUGGCAGGAUGAGCAGCGCUACCGGAAGCCCACUGCGCUCUCCGCACCCCGCUACAUGGACCUGCUCAUGGACUGGAUCGAGAUGCAGAUCAACAAUGAGGACAUCUUCCCAACCAAUGUCGGCACACCAUUCCCCAAGAACUUUCUGCAGGCCGUGCGCAAGAUCCUGUCUCGGCUGUUCCGCGUGUUCGUGCACGUGUACAUCCACCAUUUCGACCGCAUCGCGCAGAUGGGUUCCGAGGCCCAUGUGAACACCUGCUACAAGCACUUCUACUACUUUGUCACUGAGUUCAGCCUCAUGGACCCCAAGGAGCUAGAGCCCCUGAAGGAAAUGACGUCACGGAUGUGUCACUGAGGUUCCCACCCGGCCAAGGAGACUCAGGGAGACAGCUGGGAGGUUCGUGUACAGCCUGCGCCUCAGGAGCAGCACACCUCUCGUGACUGUGAGCCCUGCAGCUCUGUCCUGUCCCCUUACCGGUCUCCAGGGGGCUGAACUUGGAUUCUGUAACCCUGUGUGGUCCUGGCCACCGGGCUCACCUGGACCAUUGUCUGCCACCCCCUUGUCCCUCUCCAUAUCCAGUGCCGCAGCCAUGGACUUGGUAUGUGUGGCUGUAGCUCUGCCCUCCUCUUUCCAGGGGAGGGGCGGUGGCACCAGCUUCCCCCCAUUCAGAGCCGCACUCUGUGGUGACCACGGGCAGCAGCCCUGCCUCUAAAGCUGUCCUGAUGUGCCACGCCCCCCUGUGCCCACCAGCUCUCAGUGCUCACUUCUGAUCAUUGGCACUGCAGACACUGGCAGCGAGGGCUCUGAGCACUGAGCGCUCUGUGUGGGGAGAGCGCUCUGGGGUCUUUGCAGGGUCAUAAGGGCACAGAUGCUGCAUGCCUGUGACCCCAGCUCUUGAGAGGCAGAGGCAGGAGGAUUGCUGCAAAUUCAAGGCCACUCUGGCCUCCACACUGAGUCAGGCCAGCCAGGGUCUCAUAACAAGAUUGUCUUUAAAAAGGAUUGUAACGGACAGCUAGGCAGUGGUGAUGCACACCUUAAUCCCAGCACUCUGGAGGCCAUGAGUUCGAGGCCAGCCUGGUCUACAGAGUGAGUUCCAGGACAGCCAGGGCUAUAGAGGGGAAACCCUGUCUCAAAAAUCAAAAAGAAAACAAAUUAGAAAGGGAUGGCUCCGUGGGCAAAGUUUGCUGAGUGAGUGUGAGGAGAAAGGCGUGGCUGCAGCACAUGGGGGAGCCAGCUGAGGGGAGAGCCAGCUGAGGGGAGAGUCAGCUGAGGUGCGGCUGUCACCCAGCUGCAGGCACAGAGGACUCCCGCCUCUGCCUCCCAAGUGCUCAGAUUAAACAUGUUAGACACAAUGCCCAGUCCAUUUGUUUUGUUUUUUGGAGUCCCUGGCUGACCAGGGACUCAUGUAGACCAGGCUGGCCUCAGACUCCUAUAGAUCCACCUGCCUCUGCCUCCCAAGUGCUGGGGUUCAAGACAUGCACCACCACACCCAGCCCAUCUGGAAAUUUUAGAGAAAAAAUUUAACCAGUUUCUAGUGGCUGCCCUCUUGGGCACAGUGUCUGGUUGGAGCCAGAAUCCAGGGAUGAAUUCUCACGUGGUUCCCAGCGCCUGCUGGCAUCCUCAGUUCCCUGGAGAGUGGCAGCAAGGUCUUCCUUUUCGGUGGCAGCAUACUAUGUCCCAACGUUUCGUGAGUGGCCCUGUGGCCACAGGACCAAACUUCCAUGGACACCACUCUGUCAUGCCAUGGAGGGCAUGGUGUGACUGUCCCCAGCUCCAGUCCUUGACCCUCUUGGCCCUUCCCUCGAGACCUGUGCACUGUGAAGACCCCAGAGAAUUUUGGCUGUUUCCCCAAAUCUGGGAGGCUGCCACUGAGCUAAAUGAGUAGUUAGUUAACAAGAUAUCAGUGCCUGAGCCCAAAGCCUAAGGGGCUGGCUCCCCAGGCCCUUCCAGAAGCCACCACACCUGCCCUGGAAGGACCCGGAGACCAGCCCUCAAGGCUUGACUGAAUGUAUCUUCCUUCCCGGAAGCCCACACAGCAGCCCAGGGGAGGGGCCCGCAUCGCCUCAUCCAUGCCCUCGGUACAAGCCUAAGAAUAAAGCUGUGGUCUUCACACUCUG